AUAUUUGACUAUUUACUCUUUUUAUCGUGACCUGUCUGUUACAGUAAAUACUGAGUCACCAAACCUGACAAAUCGAUAUCAAACAAAGUAGGCAAGAAUUAACUAUUUAAGUCUUACAUUUCUGUUCGAAAGAGAAGUUAACUCUACUAGUUUACUCAUGUAAUCUUCGAAGGCCGAAAGAGUAAGUUUUAAUUCAAUUUACCUGUGAGUACGUAUCGCAUGUUCAACACCAUAGUACGCCUUAUCCGUUUGUUUUAAAAGCCAGUCGCUAGAUCCCUCAUUGGCAACAAAACGGGAUCAGACAUAGAAACAUUGACUUUGCCAACGACAGAGCAGGGUUGACGAAAACAGAGAAAAGAAGUUUCGUAAGUAUAUUUAUCCCAAUUUCAUUAAAGAUCCUCCUCGCAAUUUAGCUUGAUAUGGCCAAUGUAUCAUAUUCAAUUGAAAAAAAUCCUCAAAGAAUUCGUCUUCUAUUGACAAUUCGAAGGCAGGGAUUUACACUUUUGCAUCAACACUGUUUGGCUUCUGAUUCAGGAUAAAAAGUAAUAUCGAACAUUCUCUUUUUCCAAUGAAAAAUGUUUGAAACAUUCAUACAGUGACCAAAUAUACACAUUGUAACGUUUUAUAACUUAUUUGGAGGAAGAAAUCGACGUCUUUUGUAUAAAAGCGAUAAUUCAGCUCUUUCAGACAAUAAAAGCUUUUUUGGCUGGUGCAUCUUUUGUUAAGCUUUAUUCCUAAGCGUGAAGGACGCGUGUUAUCAAAAAUGGUUAAAGCGAACACCUCAGGGCUAAGUUUCAUUUCCAUUUUUCAUUUAGGGCUAACACCAUUUUCAUUUUUCGUUUAGAGUCACGCUGCGAGUACAAUGUUCAAUAUUAACCAAAUUUCCCGUUUUUGAGGUAACCUCCAGUAGCUGGAAAUGUUCCAUUGGAAAAAAAAAAAAAUUGAAGUUUUAAAGCUUGAAACUCGAGUUAUUAUACGGUGUCUGAUGAUUAUGAGAUUGCCGUACUGGGAAUCGCCGUUUAUGAAAUCGUUUUUUACGUGGCGUUUCCUCGCGUCUGAAAGCUGCUAUUGAUUGCUUUGGCUUGUUUUUGCCGUAAGAUGACAAUUUGACGGCAGAUUUAUUUUCUUACAGAAUUAAAACAUUCUCAAAUUUGACAACUUUUUGACGUAUUAAGGGAACAAACGCAUAAAAAUUUACGUCAAUUUGCUAACUCUUACGUUGUUCAGAUUUAUUCUUGGUUCCACGGACAGGUGAAGUUGAAUAGAAUUUGAGAUGAAUUUUACAGACUUUCCACAGAUAUUUUCCUCGCUCAUGGCUAUUAACUAUGCUCUACAAAGUUGAAGAUAUUUUGAUUCAAGAAAUGGCAACUUUCACGUUAUCUCUUGUGUACGCACUGUUUCUCUCCGCCAUGAUAGUUUUCAACAUAGUAGGAAAUUCCCUGGUUUGCUUUUUAAUAUUGAAGAAGAAAGCGAUGAAAACCUCCAUCAACUGGCUUCUUUUCCACCUGGCCAUCGCUGAUUUACUGGUCGCGGUCUUUUUCAUUCCACCAUGCAUUCUGAGCCAUUUCAUCGAGGAGCCAAGUGGAAUUACUGGUGACCUGCUGUGCAAGUUCAUUUUGAAUGGCGUUCUGGGUUGGGUGGCGGCUGCAGCUUCGAGUUAUCUACUCGUGGUGAUUGCAUUCGAACGCUACCAUGCGACUGUAUAUCCAUUUGAAAAGCUUAGAGGUGGUCGUUCCUCGUGGUUCGUUACUCUCGUAUGGAUUAUAGCAAUCUUACUGUUAUUACCCAGUCUUGUAGUCACAGGCUACGAUGAAGAAAGCCGACAGUGCGUACAAAACUUCCCAGAUUACUCUACGGCUCGAGCGUACAAACUUACUUGGUCAACUUGCAAUUCAGUGCUGCCGAUAUGCAUUAUGGGAUAUCUGUACAUCAAGAUUAUUUUGUGUCUCCGUAAUCACGUUCUCGUUCCAGGCUGUUCUCUGAAUUCCGUGUCACAGUCCAGGAAUAAGGUUACUAAGAUGCUCAUUUCUGUCUCUGCCAUCUUCAUCACGUGCUGGACCCCUCCCGCAAUGCUUUGCGUGUUGAGUCCCGUGAUUCCCGGCGGUUACGGCACGGUGUAUUACGUGUCCACAGCAAGCGCGCUGUUGAAUUCCUGUCUCAAUCCGCUGGUCUACACGCUUCACAGUCAACAGUUCAGGAAGGGUCUUACUUCACUAGAGUGUUUCUCCAAACCAAGUAGACGGCAUUAGCAAAACCGAGAAAAAAGAAACGGGUUCUAAACUUAUUAAUAAAUAGUUAACAAGUUUUCCAUCAGGAUUCCAAUGGAUUUCCAUGGAGAUAACUUUCAAUACUUUUCUAGAGAACGUUCUAGGAUCAAAAUUGCUUAUUCGUAUGAUUUACAGAACAUUCUGUGACGUUUUAGGUUAACUAAUUUGGCUCAACCAGAGACUCAAAUUCAAAAGGUCACCAUUUUGUGUUGUUACUGAAAACAGGCUGUUACGUUAUAUUAUACCAUCAAGGAUGGGUAAAGUUGCGUUAAAUAUCAGUGGCCCAUCCGAGGAUUUCGCUUAUCUCCAGUAUACGUAAGAUGAAGCGACUAGGAGUAUUUUUGCUCCAAGGGAAAUUGCAAAAGGUUCGACUAAGUUAUCGGGAGUUAAGAACAAAUGACCAGAAAAAGGAAAAACAAAACGGUGCUUACUCUAGUUCUGAGAAAGUCGAGUGAGAAUGGAAUAAUACAUGUCUAGAUUAUUGUAUAAACCAGAACGUAUAGUCCUAAUGGGAACAAAAGAAAGCGAAACAAAACCCCAGGAGAAGUAUAGGUACUGCGAACUUUGCAGGCUUUAAAGAGAAAAACGUCGGACUACUGCUUCAGAGUUCAUACGAUUUUUACUUUUUCGAGAAAUAGUUUCAAUGCUUUGGACUACAGUACUGUUUGCUUUGAGCUGUCACGUAUUGAAAAACAAGGUUUGAGUUAUCGAGGGUAAAAUUAUAGAGAAAAUGACCGAAAGGAAUCAAAAUUUUCUUCGACUUGGCGGGAGGUUCGAGUUAUCAAGAGUUUGAGUUAUCGAGGGUAAGAUUACAGUAAAUGUAUGACAGAAAUCACAAGGAAAUCGAUUUUGGUUCGAGUAAGCAAGGGUUCGAGUUGUCGGGAUCCGACUGUAUAGUCAGGCUGAAAUAAGGCUGUUAGCUGAAUAGAUUUGUAAAUAUAAUGUAAAGAGUUAAGCAACCCUCUGGGUGGUCAUGUGAUCAGCCGCAACCAGGGUCUCUCUCCUUGUCGACAAGGGAGGCAAUGGAGAGAGAGCCUGGGUCGAGGUUGUCGGGUCUGCCUUGUGAACUACUUGCUGCUCUUUAAAAACAAAAUAUGACAUGAUAAAUAAUUAUAAAAGAACUGCGUAAAGAUGACUCAAUAAACAGUUUAUGUUUGAUGCUAAUAGGUUAGUUAUUUUCAAGAUCUUUUAAUUGUGGAAGGCGACUUACUACUGAGAAGUUUAUACUAGAUUAGCGAAAGGGACAUAUUGAAGUCGAAAAUCAACUAGCAAAUACAUAAAAUUAGGUGAAGGUGCCUGUUCUGUCCUUAUUUCUGCUUGUUACAAUCCUUAUGAGGUGACUAAUAAGGUGGCAACAUAUAACGGUCUGGCAACCUAUGCGACUAAUGUGUAAGAAGGUCUCACUGAGUAGCUGUCGCAAAACUAAAACCAACGGAAUUAACUGAAAAAAUUAAAUUACCCGAUGAGAACUUGGAAAAAAACAGGUUAUCCCAGCCAAAAGAAAUGUUAAAUAAAUCACUAGAACCACUCUGCAAAACACUUUGGAGAUGGGCGUCCAUUCGAUGUGCGAUACGACUCGAUACGUGACUCACCCCAAGAACCUUCAACUGUGGGCGCCUCACACUCAAUUUCUUCUAAAUUGCUUGUUUUGAGCGUAAAAUAAAGAGACCAUUCUGUAGUGUAGCCUUAAGACUGACACCUGAGAAAUGGACAAAUCACUAUCCAGUUGAUUGCGUGGUUUGUUCUGUUAACACUUAUCCACUGAAUAGUGAUUUAUCCGGUGGAUAGGGUCAUUCACCUUUCGAUCAACAGAGUCCACAAUGACCUUAUCUUUUCGUUAUCUUUUCUUCUCCUCUCUUCUUUUCACUGGAGGUGUAUAAAAGAGUAGGGAUUUCAUGAGUUGAAUGAACUCGUGAAAAAGCCUACCAUUUUAUAUCCCUCCUGCAUAAAAAGGGUUAAUUCCCCCUUCGAGCCUCCCAGUAAAGUCCACUCAAGAAACAUCCCUCGCACGUGCAGAUCAAAAUUUGCAUCAGUGGCUUUCUGCAAAUAGUAACAAAUAAUACCCAAAUAUUUGUGCACACUCAGAAUAAGUGAUGGACGUAAUAAACUAAACCUUAAAAACAAGGCUGAUGAAACAAAGAGCUAGAAACAUGUCGUAGUUGUCUUAUUAUUUCGGCUAGAAGAAAACUAGCCAUUCCUAACAUGUUUCCUGACCAGUCCAAAGCUGUAUUUCUAUGAUCAACAGCGUUUAACCUGAAAAACAAUAACAGUGAAGUUCAAAACAACAGCAAAAUACAACAGUUUUUUUUUUAUUAUCUACU